AUGUUCAGUAUUGCACGAUUUCGCUACACUAUCCUGGCCCAGACUUUAUUUUCGGCCACGAAUUUUCUUGGUGUCCUCAUCGGUGUUAUGUACCGAAGAAGAACCCCUGACCUAUAUCCGAAAAACUCGCACAACAAAAUCGGUUGGAUAAGUACCUGGCUGGCGUCUCUCUGGGUAGCCCUGAGUGUGAUCGAUGUUUACGUGAAGUACAACUCACGAAAUCACACGGACAAUCAGACGACGUAUCCACUAAAUACCCUGGAUAUUACUCAGUACUCGCCCUUGGAAAGCGAUCAUCGUAAUUCUGCAUGCCAGGAUGGAGAUUGUAGCCAGUGGGAACAACAGCCUUUGAAUCAUCUUGAUGGGAACAGGCAUACUUGGGCUCUAUGGUCAGAUAGCACUCUUCGAGAAGGUGACUUCAGCGACGACGACGAGGGCGAUAUCAAUCUCCCGACAGGUACCGUUCAUGAAAGCAACAACGACAACCAGUUUCUACAGCGAAUUGCCGUCAGAUUUGCAGGUAACCGAAGCUAUAUCCUUCUACGACUUCCAUACUUGGUUUUGGAUCGAACAGUUCUGUUUUUGGGCUUUGUUGCUUUCGCGUCGGGCACUGUUGUUUACGGUGGUAUCGGUCGCGGUAAUCAUGUCUUCAACGUCCUGGCUCAUUACAUCAAGGGUGCCAUUUUUGUUUGGUAUGGUCUACUAACCUUGGGUCGCUGGAUGGGAAUGUUUGCAGAUUUUGGGUGGGCAUGGAAUGUCAAACCGUCAAAAGAGGUCGUUGGCAGUUGGUCUGCUGCCGUACCGUCUGCUGAAUUCACCGAGUCGUUCGUCAUAUUUUUAUAUGGCGCGUCGAACGUAUUCUUAGAGCAUUUAGCAAGCCCGGGUAAGCCAUGGUCUGCUAGAGACCUUGAACAUGUCGCUAUCUCAAUAAUGUUUUUUGGCGGUGGUCUUCUUGGCAUGUUCAUCGAGUCAAAGAAACUUCGCAAGCUACUCAGCACUUCAAUGAUAGUGAAAAGAGAGUACUUGGUUCCUACUGCCAUCGAAUCGAACAUGUGGGAACGGCCGUUCUCAUGGAAAGUUCCAAUGAACCUAAUGCCCAGCCUUGUCAUAUUGCUGCUCGGGCUGAUGAUGAGCGGUCAUCACCAAGAAUCGAUGCUCUCAGCCAUGAUUCACAAGCAAUGGGGCCUGCUAUUCUCAGGAUUCGCGUUGUCUCGCUCCGCUACGUACAUGCUAUUGUACGUCCAUCCUCCCUCCUCGUAUCUGCCUUUACGACCACACACGGAAACUGUUGCUUCUUUUUGUCUUAUUUCUGGGGGCAUCGCGUUUAUCCUUAGCAACAAGGACACAGUAGCCGCAAUGGAGUACUAUGGUAUGGACGCAAUGUUCACAUUGGCGGUCACCGUUGGUUUGACCGGACUAACUAUGGCUUGGGCUGUUUUUGUGUGUGCUGUGAAGGGAUGGGCUACGGAGUUUGAGCAAUUACGUAGCAAAACUGAUUAG